AUGGAUUCGUCUGGCUCACAGGAAAAGAAGGCCAUCCCGCGGUUCGCCAGCUUCAAACCCCGACCAGCUCCGCCCGAUAACGAUCGGCCUGCCGAGCUCCCCAACCGUGAACGAGUUGAAAGUGAAGACAAGUCUAAACAUCGGCGCAAACACCGCUCGAGACAUAGAAGCCACCAUGACCACCGCUCUCGGUCAAGGGAGCGGAGAGGUGACCGCAGAGAAACACAUCGUUCCCGGAGGGAAACCGGCCGUCGCGACAAGGAGCUUGUUCGCGAAACCACGCCGCCGCCAAGCGACGCUGUGAAGGAACCGACAAAGGCCUCGUCAGACCUCUACGUUGUCGACCGGAAAGGAGACAAGUACAACUUGAUAUACGGAACGAUACACCGAUAUAGUGUGCCUCGCUAUUAUCGCAUUGGCCGUGGCCGUGUACUAGGACUUCCCCCGAACUACAGGAUCGACCGUGAAACGAUCGGCGAGAAUGAGAUAGUUGUGAGGGCUGACACGAACCGCACGGAUUCUGCGAAGACUAGGUCAAAGAGAUUAUUAUAUAAGCCCGAAAGGCCGCCGCAAAGAUUACUACGAGUCCGACCAACAUCGUUUGCAAGCGACCCAAUCGCUUCGUCGAGAGACUUUGUACCUCUGCGAGAGAUCCGCCAAAGGCAUAACGAGGGCAUUUCCGAGGCGUCAGACGCAGAGGAUGAUAAACAUGGAUAUCGAUCAAUCCAUGGCAAGCUGAAACCCGACGAGGAUCUCCCUAGCGACCUGGAAGCGGUGUCAGAUUCUGAGUUGAGUGGCGAAGAGGCUACUCGACAAGACCCGGAUUCAGGUAUUAAACAACGCAAUGUGGAGCUAUCUCGAGCUGUGGAACAACACGCAGGAAAUUUUGAGGCUUGGCUACGGCUCAUUGACCAUCAAGAAACCGUGCUCAGAGGCUCCGCAAGGCAAACAGGCUCCCUCACAAAUGCCGAGCAGAAUAGUCUGGCUGAUAUCAGGAUCUCCCUCUACGAAAAGGCAUUGAAGAAGGUCGGACAUAGUCUUGGUCGAGACCGCCUUCUCAUUGGACUCUUGGAAGAGGGUUCGAAGCUUUGGGAUACACAAAAGCUGCUCUCGCAAUGGCUUUCCACACUGAAAACUAAUUCCCAAUACAUCAAUCUUUGGGUUCGAUAUCUGGACUUCCGUCAGACCGAGUUCUUAAAUUUUACCCAUGACCGAUGUCUUGCGACAUUCACUGAAUGCCUGCGUCUGAAUAGGACCUCACCUGACGGCCCCGAGAAAACCCGUGUGCAGAUGUAUCUAUUCCUCCGUCUGACUCUAUUCUUGCGCGAAGCGGGUUAUAUGGAGCAGGCAACAGGUCUUUGGCAGGGCGUCCUUGAAUUGGCGUUCUCCCAGCCGCAAAACUUAGCCGUCAACACCACUGCAGAUGAAGUGCUUGCCGCCUUCACGGAUUUCUGGGAAUCGGAGGCCCCGCGGAUUGGUGAACUUGGGGCUAAGGGCUGGAAAAAUAGCAACGCACCACCACCCGAUCCCAAGGUAUUUGAGCCAAGGUGCCAAAUCAACCAGAAGACGAUGCUGGCAUCAUGGACAGCUUGUGAGCGAGAACGUAUGCUCAACGCUCAACUUCCAGCACGAAGUUUGGAUGAGCCGGAGGAUGAUCCAUACCGCGUGAUUCUCCCCGCCGACCUGAGAGAGUUUCUUCCUCUGGGUUUACUACCAGAUUCGACAUCUGAUCUUGUUGAUAGCUUUCUUUAUUUCUGCCGACUUCCCCCUAUUGUCACCUUCAACAACCUUAGGAGUACCGGAACCUGGAUGGGCGAUGGUUUCCUGCAAAAUGACUUGUCAGCUAUGUCUUAUGCGAGCCUUGAUGAUUGGUUUCCAACAUCCAGCGGCAAAACUGAGUCGAGCAUAUCGCCUCCAACUACAUUUUCGCCACAGCAUUUUAUCCACAAUUAUGACACCUACUUCGCGAAUCCUGAAGUCUGGUUCUUUUCCUUUAGUUCCUGGCUCAAGGCGACAUCUGACCCAACAUCCAGCGUCGUCCGUGACUGGGUUCGGAGAACCCUUAGACAGCUGGUCGAUGCAACACCAUCAAACGAAGAGCUAGCGGAGUACACAGUCGCGGUUGAGUUUGUUUGCAAUGCUAAAGAGGCUAAGAAGUAUGCGAAAUCGCUCCUUAAAAAGCGGUCAUCUAGUCUUCGGCUGUAUAAUGCAUACGCACUCAUGGAACGCCGAGGCGGCAAUGACGCAGCCGCUGACCAUGUGUGGGCGACGGCCAUUUCCAUGAGCAAAUCAUUGUCUAGUGAACAAAGAGUUGAUGUUGCUCUUUUAUGGCAUACUUGGGUUUGGGAACUUCUGGAGGCUCGAAACAUAGCCCAUGCGGCCCAUCUCCUAGUUUCUAUGCCGCAGAACAACAUCGAUCUAAAAGCGUUUCCUGGCAUAUCAAGUCUCCCGUCGUUUACCGCAGCAAACCUGCUGAAAAUACGUAAUUAUAUAUCCGAGACCCAGGAAAGCGCAAUCGCAAACCGAAAGCCCAGCAUUGUCAAGGCGUGUACGGACUGCCGGGCCAUUUUAACCUAUCUGACUCAUGCCCAAGACCUCGAUAAAUCGCUCGAAGCAUACACGUCCACAGUUGACAGACUAUCUACUCUCCCUAGCUCAGAUUCCACCGGGGCCUUCGGAUCUUACACCAUUGAACUCCUCCAUCAGGCCCGAGCACGACUCCUCUACUACCACAUCCGAACGAGCACCAUUUAUAAACCAUCCCACAUCCGCACCAUCCUAACAGAAAGUAUAACCUCAUUCCCACAUAACACAAUCACCCUCUCUCUAUUCGCCUGGAACGAAUCCCGUUUCCGUAUCGAAGAGCGCGUCCGCGACAUUAUGAGAGACAUCACCACUAGCACCGCCUCCUCAGCAUCCCAGUCCCACCACAACCCAAUCCCGAUAUCAUCCCACCUAUUCUCCAUUUAUACCGAGCUCAAUCGCCCAACAUACGCCGGUUCAACGCUCCACUCUGUCCGCGCAGCUUUCGAAAAAGCCAUCGGCGACCAGAAGGCUUCAUCAUCACAUACUACAUCCACCUCCACGGGUCGCUCCAGUAUCUCCCUCUGGAAGCUCUACAUCCUCUUCGAACUCUCACGCAACGACAUUACGCGCGCUAAGAGUGUUUUUUACCGCGCUAUGCGCGCAUGUCCAUGGUCAAAGGAUAUCCUCAUGCUUGCGUUUACUCAUCUCCGCGAAGACGUCAUCCGCGCACACCGUGAGCCAGGGUCAACGAAGGGCGAGGGAAUGAAUUUCUUUGAACUGCGCCAUGUUUAUAAUGUCCUUGUUGAGAAGGAGCUGCGUAUUCAUAUUGAUAUUGAGCGUAGCCUGGAUGAGCUUGCUGCAAAGAUGGAGAAGAAGAGUGUCGCGCUGGGAAUGCCUAUAUCUAUGCCGGAUAACGUUGAUAGUGGGGGUGAGGAUGAGGUGAUGCAGAUGUAA